AUGGAAGUCAAAGAGAUAGAAUCAUCAUUCGAAUUGUUAGCAAAAGCUUCCAAUACCUUCGACAAUCGUUACAUUUCUAAAGUAUUGAGAGGUGUUGGUACCUUAAGAAAAAAACUCAGUCAAGAUAAAUCUAUUUUAGAAUCAAUUAUCAGUAAAGUUUAUGGUACCUCCAGACCUUACUUGAAUCAAUUUGGUUUAAUCAAUGAAUCAAUGGAUGUCGAUAAAGAUGAAAUUUCCCCUGAAGUUGACUUAUAUAUCCAUUUACUCGUUCAAAUUUACUAUUUAGAUAACAAACAAUAUGAUGAAUUGAAUAGUUUUAAUGAUGAAGUAAUCAAAUUAAUGCAAGUAUAUAACCGUAGAACUUUAGAUUUGAUUCAAGCAAAGAUCUGGUUUUAUAUAUCACGUACUAAAGAAUUGAUUGAUGACUUAUUAACCAUCAGACCAGUAUUAACUACUUUCUUAAAGAUUUCUUCUUUAAGACAUGAUAAUGAGACUAUGGGUUGUAUAAUCACUUUACUUUUAAGAAAUUACAUUCUUACUAAAGAUAUCAACCAAGCUAUUAAUCUUAUUGAAAAGAUCCAAUUCCCAGAAUGUUCAAAUUCCGUAAGUUGUAGAUAUUACUAUUAUUUAGCUAAGAUUCAUGCCAUACAAUUGAAUUAUUCUAUUGCCAAUGAAUAUUGUAUAACUGCCAUUAGAAAAUCACCUCAAACAAAAUUAUCUUUAGGAUUCUUACAAUCAGCUACCAAAUUAAAUAUUAUCAUUGAAUUAUUAAUGGGUGAUAUACCAGAAUUAAAGAUCUUUAAAACCAAUCAAUGGAAUUUUGAACCUUAUUUGAUGGUAACUAAAGCAGUGAAAAAUGGGGAUUUGAAAUUAUUUGAUCAUGCUAUUAAAACUUACCGUACAGAUUUCAUUAAUGACGAUAACUUAUCAUUAAUUUUAAGAUUACAUCAAAAUGUUAUUAAGACUGGUAUUCGUCUUAUUUCAUUAUCAUAUUCUAAAAUAUCUUUAAAAGAUAUUUGCAUCAAAUUGAAUUUGGAUUCUGAACAAUCAACUGAAUAUAUCAUUGCUAAAUCUAUAAGAGAUAAUGUCAUUGAAGCUUCAAUUAAUAAUGAAAAGGGAUUCAUGAAAUCUAAAGAAUUAUUAGAUAUUUAUUCUACCAAAUUACCUCAAUCAGAAUUUGAUUCUAGAAUUAACUUCUGUCUUGAAUUGUAUAAUGAUUUGGUUAAAUCAAUGAGAUAUCCAUCAGAAAACUUGAAGGUUAAUGAAGAAAUUGAUGAUGAUGAAUUAGAAUUGAUUAAAGCUUUACAAGAUGGAGAUUUAGAUGGUUUAAUGGAUUAG